AGGGAAUCAUCAUCGCACAACCACCAGCUGCAGCGGGGCCACCGAUUCGCGUAGCAGUACAGUGCAGUGCUCACGCACGCAUGCAAAGCAUGAUUGCUCGCACGUUUGGCACACUAAUUCACGAAAAUACGAAACCUAACACCACCGGCACCGGAAAAGAAUAUAUCUAUAAAAAAAAUAAAUUAAAUGCGCUGUGCUGUUCUCAAUCUGGUUUCGUGCAGUGCCCAUGAAUUUGUCGUCUCUAUAUAGCCUUCAUCUGUCUCCCCUCCCCUCGCCUUAAUUGUACACGGGUUUUAGCUCACUGCUACUUCUCCUCCUUUCUCUGCAAGCGGAAGCCUCUUCGUAAGAUUUGUACUGCUGCCCGAGUCUCUGGUGCCAGUGGGAUUUUCCGGGUAACUGGUUGGGGGCUCUUGAAUCCAGUAAGAAGUGGCGAUCUAUCCAGUUGAAGAACAGUAUGCGGUGGUGCAGUUUGUCCGUGUUUCGUAAAGUUACCUCGCUCAACUUAUACUGCCAUGUGAUUCUGUAAAGUUGUGUCAAUAUUUCGUUACCUUACUUCCUUUCCCACCACUCCUAGAUUACACAUACAGUUGUUUCCAUGGGAUCUACUCGAUUUCUUGUUCUUCCUUGCCGGAUAAACUGAGUGUUUCUCAAAGUUCUUUAGCCCGUUCUUUGCAUAACUCCUUGUCUUUUGUAGGACUUUCCAUCUUUUUUGUUAAUUGUGGUCGAUUGAAUUCUGUUCCUUCCUUCGUCAUCUUCGGUUGGAAGACUCAGAAUCACUUGUGACCGAGUAGUUAUUUUUAUCCAAACCUUUCCUUAUUUCGUGUUAGAGAUUUCAAAUUGCCUUUUGGUUCAUCACUUUGUAUUCAAAAGUGACCUAGUGGGGAAGAGUAGUUAUGGUGUGCCAAGCAGCUAGCCAAACCAGAUUUCGGGCUUUAAAACACGAGAGUGGAAUUGCCGGUUCUGCCACCAUAGUAGUUAGAGUCAUUGCAUGCUUCCAACCCCUCCACGAUUGCCAGGCUGAGUAUUUCCGCCAUCUGCUUAAACCUGUCACGUAAUUGAUUUUCCUUUCCGUCCAUUCAAGUUCCGCCGGAGUUUCUUUAGUUAUUUCAAUUUUCAUUCAAAGAUACAACAUCCGAACAGAUAUUCUUAGGUCAUUGUGUGCAUUAAUGGAGAAGGAUUUUAGAUUCGGAUUUCAUAACCAGCAGCUGCAUCUUUCAUUGCCUAAUCUGAAUUCAUCCCAUUCUCCUUUCGACAUGGGUUGUUCAAAUGCUGGCCCGGUUCUCACCGAUCCUAACUCUGCCAAGGAUUCCUUGGUGAGAGCUGCUCCAUUGUUUCCAGUUUCUCAGUUUCGACAAUCGAGGGUAUGUGAACUGAAUGACACACAGAACAGAUUGUUCCAUGUACCGGAUCUCUACAAGACUCUAAAUGCUGCACCGAAGGAGAAUCUUCUCACUGGUCUAUUUGAAUCCGGACAGCGUGCAGCCCCUGCUUCUACAGGCAUUGCUCAUAAUCGGAAGCAAUUUCUUGUAUUUGAUCAUUCCGGCCACAAGACCACCUUGAUAUAUAGUUCUGGAGUUCAGACACUGUCUGAGUGUGGAGCUAAGGGGACUGAGAAUCCCCCGACCAGUUAUAUCUUCAGUAAAGAUCCGGAGAGGAUUAGAGGAGACCUUUGGAGAGCAAACACUGCUGAUGAGAGCAUAGGGGAUGAUGAUGAGUCAAGAAAUGAAAUGCAAGAAGACACUGAAGAACUGAACGCUCUUCUGUGCUCUGAUGGAAACAGUGAUUUUACAAGUGAUGAUAAUGAAGAAGCGAGCACUGGCCAUUCGCCCAGCUCAAUGACGGACAAUGGCGUGCAUGAUCCAGUCGAGGAAUCUGAAACUGGUGAAGAAGUCGACAGUUUGGUGGUAACCCCCCAAUCCAAAAGGCAAAAACUGUUGGAUGGAGGAGAAGGAUAUGGGGAGUGGGAGGAUAGGGACAGCUGGAAAAGGUCGAUGCCCUCCUUGGAGGAUGAGAAGGAGGAGUUGGAAUCCUGGCAGUCCGGGAAGAAGAGAUGGAGGAAAGAGAGAAUUCGCGAGACUCUGAGCAUUUUGCAGAGACUGAUCCCAAACCCAAGUGUGAAUAAUGGUAAAGGUGCAGUGUAUGUUAUUGAUGAGGCAAUUCGAUACUUGAAAUCUUUGAAGGCGGAAUCCGGGGCUUUGGGGCUCGACGACGACAGUCUUGUCGGGGCAGAAUCAGAAUCCUCUUUACAUUUAUAACAUUUGAGUGUGUGUGUCUCAGCUGAGUAAGAAAGAUGAGAUGUCGAUGAUGAUUGGUCCUUGCUCCUACUCUGCUACCAUCGAUCUUUUCUUUCCUUUUAGAAUUGAACGAGUGAAGCUAAAGUUGUGCUGGUAAAAUUGGAUUUGAAUUGAAUUGUGGUGCACCUCACCUCAUAACUAAUCUCAUCUAUGGUUGUAGUUGAUGAUGAUAUGGCUGGCUAUGGGGUGGGGGGGGGUUGCACUACAUUGGUUCUACUUCUCUUAUUGUUAUUAUUGAAUGGAGAAUAUCAUAUGCAUGUAUUAUUAUUA